AUGGCCACCAUGGAGAAGGUCUUCGCAGACUACAACGCGAGAAAAGCAAUCAUAGAUGCAAGCGCCAACCCCUUCGCCCAAGGCGUCGCCUGGGUAGCAGGGGAACUCGUCCCCCUCCACGAAGCCCGCAUCCCGCUCAUGGACCAAGGCUUCCUUCACAGCGACCUAACCUACGACGUGCCCUCCGUCUGGGACGGGCGUUUCUUCCGUCUAGACGACCACCUCGAGCGUCUAGCCCUCAGCUGCACAAAGAUCCGCCUGCACCUCCCCCUCCCGAAAGACGAAAUCAAGAAAAUCCUGCUCGACAUGGUAGCUAAGAGCGGCAUCAAAGACGCUUUCGUUGAGCUAAUCGUCACGCGUGGUUUCAAUGGCGUCAGGGAGUCGAAGCCAGAAGAUAUAGUGCCGAAUUUGUAUAUGUUCAUCAUGCCUUAUAUCUGGGUUAUGGAACCUGAAAUGCAACUUGCCGGGAACGGGAGCGCAAUUAUUGCGCGAACUGUGCGAAGGAUUCCGCCUGGGAGUUUCGAUCCGACGGUCAAGAAUUUGCAGUGGGGAGAUUUGACGAGAGCCAUGUUUGAGGCACAAGAUAGGGGCGCUUCUUAUCCUUUUCUUACGGAUGGAGAUGCGCAUUUGACUGAAGGUUCGGGCUUCAAUGUCUGUAUUAUCAAGGAUGGGGUCGUUUAUACUCCUGACCGGGGUGUUUUGGAGGGUAUUACGAGGAAGAGUGUUAUUGAUGUUGCGAACGAAAAUGGGAUUGAAGUUCGCGUGGAGGUUGUACCUGUGGAGAUGGUGUACAAGGCUGAUGAGAUUUUCAUGUGUACGACGGCGGGAGGCAUCAUGCCUAUCACGAGCCUUGAUGGUGAGCCGGUGAAGGAUGGUAAGAUUGGCCCUAUCACAAAGAAGAUCUGGGAUGGGUAUUGGGCAAUGCAUUUUGAUCCAGUUUACACAAUCAAGGUUGAUUAUGCUGUACAAAGUAAGUUGUAA